AUGGCACAAAUUAGUUAUUCACGUCAAUCACCUCCAAAACAACAACGAAUCACCCAACUUCCUGGCGAAAAUGGAUUUCACGCGAGAGAUGGGUCUUUAAUUAGAAAAAAACGUGAACAAUGGGAUAAGGAAAAGGCUGAAGCAAAUCAAAACAGCUGGUUUCCAUUUGGCGACCGAAGAAAUAAAAAGAAUGAAAGUAACAAAUCUUUUGGAUAUAAAAAAGAUAUGACUAAUGACGAUGAGAAAUUUAGAAAUGAUGAACAAUUCAACAAAAACAAUAGUUUCAAUAUCGAAACUAGCAGUCCAACAACUGAAGGUCAACAACAACAACAACGACAUUUCUUUGCAAAUAACCAAAAACCACCCCAAAACACUUCCCCCCAAUCACCAAUAAAUAUUUGCCAACCAACAAUGCUUCCAUUUUUUGUAGAUUAUUCUUUAACUGGCCAUUUUCAUACUCAACAACAAUUUAUUCCUCAAUACAAUCAACAACAACAACAAAAUAUAUUUCCUUUACCUAAUAAUUUUAUUCCUAUUCAGUCUCCUAAUAAUUAUCAGAAUCCAAUAACUUUCUCUGGGCCUACAACAACGUUUAUAGACCCUCUUUUCUUGCCUCAAGUUUUUUAUUUUGAUUUUUUUCAUUAA